AUGGGAGCGGACGCCGAGUGCGACCGGAUCAGGGGCCCGUGGAGCCCGGAGGAGGACGAGGCGCUGCGGCGCCUGGUGGAGCGCCACGGCGCGCGCAACUGGACGGCGAUCGGGCGCGGGGUGCCCGGCCGGUCGGGCAAGUCGUGCCGCCUCCGGUGGUGCAACCAGCUGUCGCCGCAGGUGGAGCGCCGCCCCUUCACGGCCGACGAGGACGCCGCCAUCGCCGCCGCGCACGCCAGGCUCGGCAACCGCUGGGCCGCCAUCGCGCGCCUCCUCCACGGACGCACCGACAACGCCGUCAAGAACCACUGGAACUGCUCCCUCAAGCGCAGGCUCGCGAGCGCCGAGCAUGAGCGGCCCUGCAAGCGGGCGAGCGUCUCCCCGGCGGAGAGCUGCCCGUCGGGAUCGGGCUCGGACCGCAGCGACCUGAGCCACGGCGGCGUGUUCCACGGGCAGCAGGUAUACCGCCCGGUGGCGCGUGCCGGUGGGUUCGAGCCGGCCGACUGCGCCAUGAGCCGGCGGCACGAGGUGGUGGAGGAGCCGCAGGACCCCCUCACGUCGCUCUCCCUCUCCCUCCCUGGCAUGGACGACGCCCUUCACCACGGGUUCCGCCACAACAGCUCCGACAGCCACUUCCACCAACGGCCUUCCCCCUUCUCCCCGUCGCCGCCGCCCGCUCGGGCGUCCACCGCAACUCCGACGCCAUCGUACCUUUUCAGCCCCCCGUUCGCUGCUGCAAUGCAGGAGAUGAUUCGCGACGAGGUGCGCCGGUACAUGGCGGGCGUUGGGUGCGGCGCGGACCUGUCGAUGCCACAGGUGGUGGAGGGAGUGAUGCGCGCGGCGGUACAGCGCGCCGGCGGAGUCGGCAGGACGCGGUGA